GAGCAGGUCCAUGGGAACAAGAAGCACUGCAAGGCGCACCAUCGGAUUUACGAAUGCUUGAGGAAUCACAGCCUAAAGGGCGUUGACGACCUUGACGAGAAAACCGAGACGGAGGAGUCCAAGAGUUUCAAGGCGAUUUUCGGACACAGGGGGAAGAAGGGCUCCAAGAACUACGAUGGGGAUCCAGAGAUCGCAAGCCAAGUGUUGGAAGAUGUCCGAAAGAAGCAUCCUGACAUGGACGAUGCUGGCGGCAGCGGUGCUAGAAGCACGAAAGCCCGUGGAACUGACAUUUCGCUUUCUACGUACGUUAACCGCAGGGGGACAGAGAAGAGCAAGUCAGAGGUUUCAGCUCGACCGAAGUGGGACUUCGAGCUUUUCUCCUGCCAGAUGGAGCUCCUGCGACGGUGGACCCCAACCAAGAUCAAGCAGGAAUGGGCGCAGCUCGAGGAAAACACUCCAGACGAUCAAAAGGACAAUUGUGGCCCUCCUGACAAUCCACUUCGUAUGCCAGUGCCUUCGUGGAUGGUGGGGGAGGACAGGAGCGUUCAGCAGACGAAGAACUACCAGGCUCAGGAGAUGGUGACGGCGAAGCCAAAGGGGAAGGCCAUGACGAAGACCGCUCUGGACAAUGCUGUGAAGGACUGUGCCAAGGGCUUCACCACGAUUUCGGCCGCGAGUUCGGCAGGUGCCUUGUUAUCGCCAUCCGCUAACGCAGUCAACGCUACUGACGAUGUGGCCAAAUCCGCCGCAGACAUUAUGGUCAGUCGCGGAGCAUCAUCGGCGGCAGGGGGCUCGGCGCACCAGCAGGGCGCCCCCGGAUCCGCGCCCGCCGCCAGCGGCGCAGGCGCCGCUGGUGCCAAGGAGUCAUCGGGCGAUCCAGGCUCCGCCUCGAAGAAGCAGAAGUUCGACGUUGGUGUCUCGAGGCUCCAGACAGCAGAGGCCAAGAACAGGAUGCUGGCGACUGAAUGCGACAAGCUCGCGAAGGCUCUGGCGCUCGCUUCGAAAACGCACAAGGAGGGCGGCGCCUCAGGCGAGUCGGAGAAGGGCCUGUUGAUGGAGCGCUUCGUCAUCGGGGCCAUGGUCCUCGGCAAGGAGAUGACAAUCGAGAUGGGGUCAAUCGAGAGUGCCCCAGACGUGAACAUCAAUGGAAACUUCACGGAUGCCUUGAAAGAGUUCAAAGAGGCCUCGAAACGCCAGCAUGAUCAAGCCGAAGAGCCAAAUGACCCGCUUCCAAGCCACUUGAGCUCCGAUGCGGUGACAUAUCACGACUACAAGUUGAAGGAGACCGUCGAGAAGGCCUUGCUACUACCCAUCGAUAAGAAGGAGGAGCUGUUCUGCAUCUUCAGAGCGCGCUCGCUGGUUGAGUCUAUUCGGGUCGCAACCACCCCGGACGCGAUUGAGGAGGCGGAGUCAAAGGUGGACCAGUUCAAGAUGCAGAUCGUCCAGCUGAUUGACUGCAUCAAGGACGCCGCGAAGCUCGUGAAGAAGAGCGCCUCCACGGCUUCACAAGCAGCUGCUCAACGCGACAAGGAGGCGAAGGCCAAGAAGCUUGAGGAGCAGAGAAUGGCGGCUUCGGCAGCAACCAGCGCCCUGAAAAAGCAGAUCACAUCGAUGAGGAUAAGCAAGGCGGGAACGUUUGCAGUCGACUGGGUAUCGACCGGGGGCAAAGCUGUCAAAUCUUUCGGUAAUGUGUCAGCGUUCGACGAGGCGCUGAAAAAGGACUCGGCAGUAGUGGACGAGCCUUUCAAAGUCACCACUGGGGAAGAGUGGGCCAAGCAGUUAGAGAACUCCGUCAUCAAGACCAGCCUGGAGAAAUUCCCGGAGAAGUUUCCCGCCCAGGCCGAGAAGAGGGAUGACCAAGCGACCGCCCCAAUGUUAGCCGCCCACGGCACUUCCGUGAUCGAGCCUCUCAUGAACAGCAUCCCCCCGAGAACGAUGUACGCUGAUGUCAGCAAACACCCUGUCGUGGCUUCCUCAACCGACAAGCUAUGGCUAUUCGGGUAUCUGCCCACUUUCGUGAGUACGGACUUCGAGACGGGGCUCUUCGGCUCCGUUCGCUACUACGCCAAGGGAGGCAACGUCAAGCUCAUCUUCAUCAAGGGUGCCGAUCUGCUGAAACAUCUCGGUUACGUGAAAGAGGUCGACCUCAAAAGUCGAGCAUCGGCGAUGCUCGAGGCCCUGAAGCCAGAGGAUGCCAAGACGCUCAUCGACAAGGGCACGCAGAUCUUCACCACGACGGCCACUCCUGGUGAUCUUGUCGCGGUUCCUCCCGGGUACUUCGUAUGUGCAGCAGCAAGUGGUUCGAGCGUGGUUGGCGUGAGAAAGUCGUUGCUGCUGCAGCGUGAUUCUGGUAAGACUGAUCUCGAGGCAUUCGGAGAGCAUGCCGAUUUCAACAAGGACGACGUGUUGCAG